UUAAACGUCCAACUUUAUUCUUGUUGCGGUUUAUUGAUUAUACUAAGGGAGGGGUUUGCGUUUUAUGCGAGAAUGCAUUUAAGUUAACGUUCGUCUGCGUUACCGCUUUUUCUUGAUUUCUUACAGAUAGAGUGUCGAUGAUAUUACACACACAUACAUAUAUUGGAAUUUAACUGUUCAUUACAUCAACUUCCGCUAACAUCUUUUCAAGAAUUUUAGUAUUAUGGCUACGCCGGAAGAAAAACGUAUUGUUGUUAUAGCUACGGAUGGUAGUGAUCAUUCGGACUAUGCUUUUGACUAUUACCUUCAGCACGUGCGGAAAGAAAACGAUUCAGUGUGUCUGGUCAAUGUACCUGAAAGUUACGAUCUGACGUUAGCAAGUCCAGCCACGGUUGAUUCUAUAGUGAAAGAUUUAAAAAAGAAACUGAAAAUAAUAGAAGACAAAAGUGCGAAAAAAAUACAAGAAAACAAGUUACACGGAAAGUUUCGAACAGGUCAAGGAAAACCGGGUGAGGUAAUAUGCCAGCUUGCAAAAGAAGAAAAAGCCGAUUUGAUCGUAAUUGGCACGCGCGGGCUCGGCAAAAUCCGUAGAACUUUCCUCGGCUCCGUGAGCGACUUUGUCGUCCACCAUGCUGACAUGCCAGUUCUGGUCUGCAGACAAGAAACCAAAGGGAAACACGAUGAUAAAGAAAAACAACAGAAAGAAAAACAACAGAAAAAGGCUUAACCUUAUAUAAAUCAGACUUAAAAGGCCUUUAACUUUACAAAAAUCAGAUAUGUGUUCAUGUGCUUUAGGAUGCGUUUCAUUUUGCUGUAAUAUUUAAUGCAUUUAAGUCUUUCAUCCAUCGA